AACUUUACUCACAAUAUAUAUUCCCAAAACUUCUUUCAUUUCCUAACUCUUUCUCUUGCUUUCUCUCACUCUCCUUCAAAAAUGAAGUUCCAAGAGAAAGACCAUCUCUAUGGAAACAACUACAACAAAAAACAAAUGAUCCCAAAACUAAUCUUAACAGCAAUCUUUGUCACAAUUCUUGUUCUUGUCACCCCUUUAUCUUAUCCUUUCUUUGGUUCAUCAUUACUCUUGAUGAUGAACAAGUCAAAGCAAUUACCAUCAUCAUCAUCUUCUUCAAACAUUGAACAAGAAACUUUACCUUCAACAUCAUUGAAAACUUGUGACAUAUUUAGUGGUGAAUGGGUUCCAAAUCCAAAAGCACCAUAUUACACAAACAAAACAUGUUGGGCAAUCCAUGAACAUCAAAAUUGUAUGAAAUAUGGAAGGCCAGAUUCUGAUUUCAUGAAGUGGAGAUGGAAACCAAAUGAGUGUGAAUUGCCUAUUUUCAAUCCUUUUCAGUUUCUUGAAAUUGUUAGAGGAAAAUCUAUGGCUUUUGUUGGAGAUUCUGUUGGGAGAAAUCACAUGCAGUCUUUGAUUUGUCUUCUAUCAAGGGUGGAAUGGCCCAUUGAUGUAUCAUACACAAAAGAUGACUAUUUCAUGAGAUGGAAAUAUCCAAGUUACAAUUUCACCAUGGCUGUUUAUUGGACACCAUUUCUUGUCAAAACAAAACAAGAAAAUUCUGAUGGGCCAACACACACUGGUCUCUACAAUAUUUAUCUUGAUGAGUUUGAUGAAAAAUGGACAUCAGAAAUUGAAGAUUUUGACUAUGUCAUAAUCAAUGGAGGACAUUGGUUUCAGAAGCCAAUGGUUUUCUAUGAGAAAGGAAAAAUUGUUGGAUGCCAUUAUUGUCUCUUAGAAAAUGUGACUGAUUUAACAAUGUAUUAUGGCUAUAGAAAGGCUUUUAGGACUGCAUUUAAAGCCUUAAAUAGUUUAGAAAAUUUUAAGGGUGUGACAUUUCUUAGGACAUUUGCACCCUCUCAUUUUGAGAAUGGUCUAUGGAAUCAAGGUGGGAACUGUGUGAGGAGUAAGCCAUUUAAGAGUAAUGAAGCUAGUUUAGAGGGGACUAAUAUGGAGUUAUAUAUGAUUCAAUUGGAGGAGUAUAAAAUUUCCCAAAAAAGGGCAAAAAGAAAUGGUUUGAAAUUCAGAUUGCUUGAUACUACACAAUCGAUGUUAUUGCGACCAGACGGGCAUCCAAGUAGGUAUGGACAUUUGCCGGGAGAGAAUGUGACGUUGUAUAACGAUUGUGUUCAUUGGUGUUUGCCAGGACCGAUUGACACAUGGAAUGAUUUUUUGCUUGAAAUGUUGAAGAUGGAGAUUGUUAAGUCAAAGGGAGAGAGACGUCGAAUAGAUUCAUAAUUAGAUAGAUUAUAAAUGUUAUUUAUGUGCCGUUUAUAUUUUUUAUAAACUACGAUUGCCAUAUUUAUUGGAUUUUGUGGAGAUAAGUUUUGUUAUUUUGUAAUAAAAUUAAUAAAUUUGAAGAUUUUUAGUGGCUAA